UGUAGCACUCCUCGGCAGCUAACAAGCUAACCAGCUACCAGCAGCACCACACAGCUCUGCAGAGACUGCACUGGAGUUGAAGGACUUGCUUGUUUUUAAGAAGCGCUUGAGCGAGUGAGAGAAAUGGCAGUCGGCUGGGUUUUCAUCACCUCCCUGAUCACCGCACUGCUGCUAGUGGAGUUGGUGAACAUACAGAAUGCUGCUGCUGCCGAAACAGUUCCAGAUAUCAAAGUGAAAUCAGAAGGAGAAGAGAUCAUCAAGUUGAGAUGUGAAAACGGAAACUGGGUCAACAAUAACAAUUCUCUGCUGAUUCUGAAGAAUGAAGACACUAACUCGAAGGAGUAUGUCUGUCAAAAAGACGACAAGAAAAACCAUACCAUUUAUGUCAAGUUCCGCACCUGUAAUAACUGCAUCAAGCUGGAGGCGGGGACGGUGGCUGGGAUCGUGGUUGGGGACGUGAUCGCCACGGUUCUCAUCGCGGUGGCUGUGUACUGCGUCUCGUCCCAGCAGAAGAGUGGAGCCUACAUCAGCAAUAAAGCUUCCGACAGACAGAACCUCCUAAUGAACGAUGGCAACAACAUGGUGUAUGAGCCGCUGCGCGAGCGUGACGAUGGAGCCUACAGCAAACUGGCUCCCAGAGGCCAGCGGUCUUGAACAGAGUCUUCCUCUCUCUCUACCGCCUUCUCCCCUUCCCUCACUCUCUCCAUCCUUCUCUCCCUUUCUCUCCCUCCCUCUCCCUUCUCUCCCCCUCCCUCUACCUCUCUCUUCUCCUCCCUCUCCCUCUCCCCCUCUUCUCUCCCCUUCCUCUCCUUCUCUCACUCCCCUCCUCUCUCCCUCUCUCCUUCUCUCACCCCCCUCCUCCCUCUCCCCCUCCUUCUCCCCCUCUUCUCUCCCCUUCCUCUCCUUCUCUCACUACCCUCCUCUCUCACUUUCUCCCUCUCCCUCUCCUUCUCCCCCUCUUCUCUCCCCCUUCCUCUCCUUCUCUCACUCCCCUCCUCCAUCCCUCUCCCUCUCCCUCUCCCUCUCCCCAUCUUCUCUCUCCUUCCUCUCCUUCUCUCACUCUCCUCCUCUCCCCUUCCUCUCCUUCUCUCACUCCCCUCCUCUCUCACUCUCUCCUUCUCUCACCCCCCUCCUCUCUCGCUCUCUCCCUCUCCCCCUCUUCUCUCCUGCUUCUUCUCCUUCUCUCACUCCCCUCCUCUCUCCCUCUCUCCUCCUCCCACUCUGUCUCAAGUGUGGAUUCAGUGUUAAUUUUCUCCUGAAUCUGCUGUUGUAAACUAAUUGAUUGAGGCUGCAUGUAGCUUUUUAUGCAAUACGAUACAGAUCGUGACGGAGGAACUCAUAAUGAAUGCAUUGAAAUGCUUUGAUGAAGCCUCUUCCCCUCACAUCUCUGCUAAUUUCAAUAAUAACAAUAAUAAUAAUAAUAAUCCUCAUAAACGACUGUAUGUCUGCCAGUAGCGAUGCCACACCCAGGAGCUGUUUCUAUGGAUGCCUGUUUGUCUGAAUGCUGCCGGGCUGGUUUCAAGGGCUGUGGCGCAAAAGGGCUAAAGCUUCAUGUUAGUACUUGUUAAGCACUGAAAAUAACCUUGUAUACCAGCUGGUGAGAGUUUCGUUUUUUUUUCCUGGUAGUGAAUGACUAAUCGGAGACAGUUGAUAUGUUUUUCUGUGUUUCUUUUUAUAAUAAACAUGACUGAUGCCUUGCAAAUACUGUACCGAAUCACAGAGUUAGAGACCAGCACCCACCCGCCUGACACUCUGUGCAGAGAGAUGUAAUAAAGUAUUUCUUUCAUUCA